AUGAGAAGGAAGAGCAGCAAAGAUGUCUUCUCUGGUUACUUGGGGCACCGGGGAACGCUAUUCGAUCCCUUCUCCACUGACAUCUUGGACUGGGACCCCUUUGCGAGGCUGGUUUUGGGACGCCGGCCGGCGCGCACCAACGUGGAGUGGCGGGAGACCGCGAACGCCCACAUCAUCACCGCCGAUCUCCCCGGUGUGCGCAGGCGUGAAGAGGGAGAGGUGGAGGACGGCAGCGUGCUGCGGAUCAACGGAGAGAUGACGGAGGAGGUGGAGCAGGGGGACACGUGGCACCGGUGGAGCGGCGGAGGAGGAGCUUCAGCCGGCGAUUUCGGCUGCCGGAGAACGCCAACAUGGCGGUGA